UGCCCAUUUGUCUGUCUAUUCUUUCAACUCAAUGAUGAGUGAUUUGCAGUUGAUGGAAUUGGAGGAUGAGCUCAAGAGUGUAGAUACAUUUCUUGAACAUCUCAAGACAGAAGAGACAGAGAAGAACAGACAGAAAACUAAGACCACAUCACCAAAGCCUGUUCAUUGGAAUAAGAGGGACCACAAUGGGGACAUUGUUCACCAGCGCCCACGAGCCCUUAGAAAGCAGUCAACAUCACAAAGACCAGACGAAGGAAGACAUGUUUCUUCUUCACCGCCAUUAGACCAUGGCCAACACCUAGACCAUGAUUUGAAUAUGCGGCAGCUUGAGGACCUUCUACAGGACUCAGAGAACAUGGAAUCGCAAGAUUUUGUUCAGCAGCCAUCAUUGUCCAGUUGGAGUCAAAGGCAGAAAGAGGUCCAACAAUGUUGGCAACAGGCGAGGCCACAGAACCUUGACAAUUUACUUUCUGCUGAGAACAUCGUACAGAUGACAUGCAAUCACUGUCACGUGAAAGAAGCUGUCAUCCGUUGUGGGGAAUGUAUGCCCUCAGAGUGGUUUUGUGCUGAGUGUGAUGGCUCGGUACAUAAACACCACACUCUACACAACAGGCAAACCAUCAUGGAUGGAUUUUUCAAAUACAUCCCACCAACAGAGGCUGUGACACUCUGUGACACUGGAAAAUACAGCAUUUGUGAACAAGAUUGUUUUCUGCCAACAGCUCUACCUCAAAGGAUAUGCUCCUGUGACACCGCUGAUGCAGCAGUCUCUGUUGGUAGAUCCAUCAUACUGGUUUGCAUAAAUGGUCGUUAUGAUCUUCACGUUCCGGUGCUAACAUGCAAACAUUGCAACCAGAAAUGGGCUCCAGAAGUCAGUGACUUUGUAAAGAGUGGUUACUGGCCUGCUACCAUGCAGGCACAGACACUGUUCCACCAAGAUCUCUUCCAUUCCUUUGAGGCUAUGAAGACAGCAGCUCCAGGAAUGUCCAGACAAGCCUUUACAGCAAUGUUGGACCAGAGAACAAAGCAAUAUGGAAGAACUGGCAAAGUGAAUGCAGAUGCAUUUCAGAGAAGUUUUCUGCAAUUUGUGUACUGCAACUAUGAAGAGAACCAACUUCUUGGAAAGGAGCCAUUGGUCUGUCCAGCCUGUAGCCCUGAAAUGGUGGCUGUUUCUGUGGAUGGCAACAGAAAGUUGUACAGGUUCCAGAAAACAAACCAGAGUGAAGAGCCAGGGUUCUUCGAUGGAGUGUUUUUAGCCCGAGACUCUGAGGUGUCCAGUUUUGUUGAGGAGGUCCGGGGAACUGUCAAGAGUACCGCAGGAAAAGCGAUGUGUGGUGACACCCAAUGGAAUGCAGCAAGAGAGACUUCAAAGCGGGCCAACAAGUUGGAUGAAGAAGGUGUGGAAAUUGCUGUGUGUAGACAUGGAUUUCUUCUCAAAGGUCUGAAUAUGUAUAGAGGAGAAAUCUUUGCAUAUCCAAUGUUUCUCCAAAAAGAGUUCCAGAGUGCUACAUUUUUGGCCAUGGAUGUGACCUGCCGAUAUGUGCCAUACUUGACAAAAGUGUCAGAGGCCCUGACGCAUCUUCAACCCCUUCAGGAAAUGAGGCAUUGCUUGUCUGUGAUGCAUGCCAAAGCCCACAAUACAAAAUGCGAGAUUCUGUGGACUGCAAGGAACCAGGAGGGCGCCGGCACCACUCUCGGUGAAGAAGUAGAGCAAGUGAAUAGUUUUCUCUCCAGAUGUGCCCUUACCACCAUAUGGCCAAGUCAGUAAGAACUGACAUGCUGACUGUCCAUGCUAUGGGGUGGAAUGAACGGAAAGAGAAUGGCCUCCAUAUAGCCUUGUCUUCUAGAUUCAA